CUCUGCCAGCGGGGCCAGACCUGGCUAAUCGAGCCCCCGGGCGGGCGUCUCGGCGCUCGGCUGCCGGUGCCUGUGCACGCGGCCGUUUCCGGCGGUCCGGGCGGCGCGGCUGCCGAAGAGUUGUGCGGAGCUCAGCAUGGCCUCCCUGCUCGCAAAGGACGUCUACCUGCAGAGCCUGGCCAGGAAAAUCUGCUCCCAGCCCGGCCCCGAAUCGCAGAAGCGCCAAUUGGGCAAAACUAAAGGCUCAGAAGCUGGUGGACAACCAAAAAAGAAGAGGAAGAAAACACCAAAGAAAUUCCAGAAGCAGGAGGAGAAGGCUGCUGAUACCAAGGCUAAGUCACUGAGGAAGAAGUUUCUAGGAGAUUCUGGGGAUAGGCCAGAGGAAGCCAAAGAGAAGGAGCCUUCCAGCUCCACAGCGGCCCCUGCAGAUGGCCUGGCCACAGGGCCUGAUUCUCUUUUUGCCCUGGAUGUUCUUCGCCAGCGACUGCAUGAGAGGAUCCAGGAGGCCCGGGGCCAGGGUAGUGCCCAGGACUUGUCCCCUGCCACUUUGGAGAAAAGACGGAGGAGAAAGCUGGAGCGGGACCGGAAGAAGAGGAAGCGAAAGGAGCUGCGGGCCAAGGAGAAGGCAACCAAGGCCGAGGAGGCUGCUGAGCCUGCCCCAGAGGCAGCCUGCAAUGAGCCUGUGGAGCCAGUGGGGCUGAUCUUCAACAAGGUGGAGGUGGGUGAGGACGAACCGGCCAGCAAGGCGCAACGGAGGAAGGAGAAGAGGCAGAAGGUGAAGGGGAACCUCACUCCGUUGACAGGCAGGAACUACCGGCAGCUGCUAGAGCGUUUGCAGGCACGGCAGAGCCGGCUGGAGGAGCUGCGGGACCAGGACGAGGGGCAGGCGCGAGAGCUGGAGGCCAAGAUGGGCUGGACCAACCUGCUGUACAAGGCCGAGGGCGUGCGCAUCAGAGAUGACGAGCACCUGCUGCAGGAGGCCCUGCGGCGCAAGGAGAAGCGCAAGGCGCAGCGGCAGCGCCGGUGGGAGAAGCGCACGGCGCACGUGGUGGAGAAGAUGCAGCGGCGCCAGGACCAGCGGCGCCAGAACCUGCGUAAGAAGAAGGCAGCCCGGACGGAGCGCCGCCUGCAGAAGGCCCGCAAGAAGGGCCGAAUCCUGCCACAGGACUUGGAGCGCGCUGGCCUGGCCUGAACACCUGCCCAGUGGUGUGAGGCCAGUGUGUCCCAUCACUCUGGCUUUUGGGCUUCUCCUUGUAGAGUGGGUGGCAUUGAGCUUACCUCUUGAAUUGAGGGCUCAGAUCAUGCCUGCAAAAUAGAUGGUCCAGGGUGGCACAGUGGCUCACACCUGUAAUCCCAGCACUCUGGGAGGCUGAGGCUGGUGGAUUGCCUGAAUUCAGGAGAAGGAGACCAGCCUGAGUAAGAGUGAGACCCAUCUCUACUAACAAUAGAAAAAAGAACAAGCCAGGCAUUGUGGCGGGUGCCUGUAGACCCAGCUAAUAGGGAGGCUGAGGCAAGAAGAUUGCUUGAGCCCAGGAGCCCAGUUUAAGGUUGCUGUGAGGUAUGACACCAUGGCACUCUAUCAAGAGUGACAGAGUGAGACUCUGUCUCAAAAAAUAAAAAAGUAUUGCCACCAUCUCCUCGGAGGCAUUUCUCAGAUCUUGCAGAGCCCAGGGCAAGGGUAGACCAUAUCCAGUAUUCUCUGUGAGGCC